CGGCCUUUCCGCGUCCCCCGCGGCGGGCGUGAGGUCUGAGCGGGGCCGUCAGCUCUGAGGGUUCGCGGCCAACGUGCUUGUUCCCGGACCCCGGCGCCGCCGACCCGGCUCCUCGGUGGAGAGAAGAUGGUGGGCCGGAACAGCGCCAUCGCCGCCGGUGUGUGCGGGGCCCUCUUCAUCGGGUACUGCAUUUACUUCGACCGCAAGAGACGGAGUGACCCCAACUUCAAGAACAGGCUGCGAGAACGAAGAAAGAAACAAAAGCUUGCCAAGGAGAGAGCUGGACUUUCUAAGUUACCUGACCUUAAAGAUGCUGAAGCUGUUCAGAAAUUCUUCCUUGAAGAAAUACAGCUUGGUGAAGAGUUACUAGCCCAAGCUGAAUAUGAGAAGGGUGUCGAUCAUCUAACAAACGCAAUCGCCGUGUGUGGUCAGCCCCAGCAGUUACUGCAGGUGUUACAGCAGACGCUUCCACCGCCGGUGUUCCAGAUGCUUCUGACUAAGCUCCCAACCAUUAGCCAGAGAAUUGUAAGUGCUCAGAGCUUGGCUGAAGAUGAUGUGGAAUGAGAAACGUCAACGUGAUAAUCCCAAUUAAAAAUAUUUUUAAAAUCUUAACUCGGAAGAUGAACAGCUCUAGGGGAAUAAGGGCAAAUAUGCUUGUUAUGGACUGUCCUACACUGACAUCUACCAAAGUUAAUUUUUACUUUGUGUAGAUCCAUUUGUGUGUUUUAUUUAUUUUUCCAAGUGGAAAGUGUGUUUUGAUAGAGAGCUUUUCAUUUUAUAAAUACACUAUGAGUUACCAAAAUAUCAUGGAUUUUCUUUAUUCCUAAAAUGUGCAGUUAAAAUAUACAUGUAACAUCACUUAUAUUAAUAAUACCCAGUGCUCAGUUUUCAAAGAUAGGGAAAAAAGUAUAGGAGAAAACUGAAGAAUGCACAUUUUUUAAGCUAGUAUAUUUUGCUAUACAUCAGAAAAUAGAAUGAAAACUUGAUUUUGUUUAUCAAAACUGAGCAUUAAAACUUCGAGAGAUCAUUUCUUUCCUUUUAAUCUCCUAAAUAUCCCAGAUGUGCUGCUGUGCUGUAUUAACAGCUUCACUCCCGCCCUUUGUAUCGGUCUUGAAAUGUUUUUUUUAAAUCAGUGGACUUAAUGUGUUGUGGGUAUUUAUCUCCUUGUAUUUUAGAUACAUGUAGUUGCAAAUAGCACCAGGAGUUAAGUCUGCACACCACUAUUCCAGCUGUAUGAGCUUCCCCAGUUAGUGUCUGCCCACUUUGCUCAUUUGUAAAAUGAAGGAAUUGGCCUGCUAACUCAGAGCAGUGUUCCUUUCAGCUUCUGGUUUUUUUCUCUUCAACAUCUUCGAGUCCACCUUCCCCUGAGGUGUAUAUUUGUUUGGGCAACCAGGCCUUGCAUUUUUUUCUACUCUGAAUUUUGCAUGCUUGCCUGACUUAGUAUUUCUGAAUUGAUUUUUUUUUUUUAAGGAAUAACGUGUUGAUUUUCACUGAAAUCAUAUGGUUCUGUCACUACUCUUGUAAAUUAAUCUGAAACUUAACCUUUGAGGUAACUGGGAUGAUAUGCUUGUAAAAAUGUUCUCCUUUGCUUUUAUCUUCUGUGUACCUCUUUAAUCUUCCUUCAAUCUGAUUCAUUUAUCUUGUUAUAAUGAGAAUAAGGUGUAACCUUGUGGCUGAGGGACUUGCAAAGAAUGGAGGUAAUGUGGAGCUCUUAUUCUCAAAAUAGUGACAUAUCUGCAGUCACAGAUUCAAUAUCAGACUUGAGAAUAAAGAUUCUUGGUAUUUA